AAUAUUCCUGGUGAACUAGAAUUUAGUUUCCAAGGCAGUGGUUCUUUUACUCCACCCAUGCUAAUAUCUGCUUUAUAGGCCCAGAAAUAUCUUGUAAAUGGUUGCCAGAGUUUCCUAAUCUCCGUUAUUGAUGCUAGUAGCGUGACAUUGAGACUAGAAAACAUACCGGUGGUGCGUGAGUUUCCAGAUGUAUUUUCAGAAGAUUUUCCAAGUUUACCUUCGGAUAGGGAGGUUGAAUUUGCUAUUGACAUUGUUUCUGGCAUCGGACCUAUUUCCAAAUCACCAUACCAUAUGGCUCCUGCAGAAUUGAAGGAGUUAAAGAUUCAGUUGGAGGAACUUCUUGAGAAAGGGUUUAUACACCCUAGUGUGUUACCUUGGGGAGCUCCAGUGUUGUUUGUUAAGAAGAAGGAUGGGAGCAUGAGGUUAUGCAUUGAUUACCGGGAACUGAAUAAGUUGAAGAUUAAACCUGGUGAUGUGCCGAAGACUGCCUUUCGCACCUGUUAUGGUCAUUAUGAAUUCCUGGUUAUGCCUUUUGGCUUAACAAAUGCCCUUGUCAGAUUUAUAAACUUGAUGAAUUGGGUAUUUAGUCAGUACCUAGAUAAGUUUGUGGUUGUCUUUAUUGACGACAUUUUGGUCUAUUCUUCUAGCCAUGCUCUUCAUGAAAAGCACUUAAGGACAGUCCUCGAAACAUUGAGAAGUGAGAGGUUGUUUGCUAAAUUUAAGAAGUGUGAAUUUUGGCUAGACAAUGUUGCAUUCCUAGGUCAUGUUGUGACUAAAGAUGGAAUUUCUGUUGACCCUCAGAAAAUUGAGGCCGUGGUGAAUUGGAAAAGGCCAAAUAGUGUCACAGAAAUCCGGCGUUUUCUGGGAUUGGCUGGUUAUUACCGUCGAUUUGUGGGGGAUUUCUCCAGAAUUGCUCAGCCAAUGACUCGUCUGAUCAGGAAAGAUGCUAAGUUUGAGUGGAUUCCAGAGUGUGAGGAGAGCUUUUUGACCCUGAAGGAGAAGUUGGUCACUGCUCCUGUACUCGCACUUCCAAUUAAUGGGGAAAGAUUCACUAUAUAUAGUGAUGCCUCUAAAAAGGGUUUGGGAUGUGUCUUGAUGCAGAAGGAUAGGGUUAUUGUAUAUGCCUUUCAGCAGUUAAAGUCUUAUGAAGAAAAUUACCCUACCCAUGAUCUGGAGUUGGCAGCUGUAAUAUUUGCACUCAAGAUCUGAAGGCAUUAUCUGUAUGGUGAGACUUGUGAAAUUUUCACCAAUCACAAGAGUCUUAAGUAUAUUUUCACUCAAAAUGAGCUUAAUAUGAGACAGAGGCGAUGGCUUGAACUUUUAAAGGACUAUGACUUGACCAUUAGCUACCAUUCGAGCAAAGCUAACAAAGUAGCAGAUGCAUU